CAAAAUGAGAAAACGAAAAACAAACUACAAUCACAAUCACGAACCCAAAACCUUACCCUCUUCUUCCCUUCGUCUUUUCUCUCUUUCUGUAAGGCAAAAUAUCACCCAAAACCUCACUCUCUUCCUUUCUUUAACAGAAGUUCAAAUUCCUUAUGGCUAAAAACAAUGCAAAAAAGCGAAAGAUCAUCAAAAAAGCAGAUUCCAUCAAUGCUACACCCUCAAAAAUCGACAAAAAACAGAACAACAACAAGAAGCAGCAAAAGAUACCCAAGUCCAAUAACCCAACCCGACCCGAUUCUGAUUCGGACUCCGACCAGCCGGCACCCGUAAAACUCCAGAAUCUUCUCGAACCUUACUCUAAAGAUCAACUCCUUACCUUAGCCGUAGACACCGCUAUAGCUCACCCUUCCUUUUACAACCUUAUCAAUUCAGCUGCCGACAAUGACAUCACUCACCGGAAAAUCUUCAUCUACGGCUUAGCGCGUGAGACCACGCGCCAAACCCUAAUUUCCGUUUUUGAACAGUUCGGAGAAGUUGAGGAAUGCAACGUCGUGAUGGACCAUAAUACCGGCAAGGCAAAAGGGUACGCUUUUGUGGUCUUCAAGUCUCGAAAAUCGGCUGAUAAAGCAUUAAAAAAACCUCAAAUGACAAUCAACGGGCGAGUGGCUACGUGUAAGUUGGCUGCCGUGAAGGACACUGCCGUUAAUGGGACCAUGGAGUUUGGUAAUAGGAAGAUUUACGUGAGUAAUGUGCCUCGUGACGUGGCUCCGGAGAAAUUAAGGUUGUUUUUUGAAAACUUCGGGGAAAUUGAGGCUGGACCAAUGGGGUUUGAUCCAACAACUGGGAAAUCAAAAGGGUAUGCUUUGUUUCUUUAUAAAACUGUUGAGGAGGCGAAGAGAUGUUUAGAAGAGCCGUGUAAGGUGUUUGAUGGACGGAAGUUGUACUGCAAGAAGGCUGCUGAGCCAAAAAUUGGCGGCGGAGAGGCCAGUAUUACGACUGAGGUUAUACAGCACCCGCUGCUGGCAAUGCCGCCAUCAGUUGCAGCUGCUCAGAAUAUGGGGAUGAUGGGUCAGGACCCGAAUCUAGCGAUGAUGAAUCAAUUGUAUGGUAGAAUGGUUGUGAAUCCUUAUGUAGGAUUUUUGAAUCCGUUUGUAGGAGUUUAUGGUGGGAUGUUGGGUAGUUUAGGAGGGGGUGCUUCAGGUUUAGGGGUAUAUGGUGGUGGUGUUGGUGGUAGCAGCAUUGGUGGUUCUAGCGGGGGAGUGGCCCCCGGGUUAAUGCAGGCCUACCCAAAUAAGCAGGUUGGCCAACCUUCACCUGCUAAGCUACCGGGGACUAGUGGCUACUCAUCGCACUUGUGAUGAAUAGUGGCCUGACCACGAGGAAACAAAGUUAUUGAAGGUGUUGAUGAGUUUGUUAUGGUCAGUGGCUUGGUUUUUUGUUAUUGGAUUUGUAGCCAUUUGCUUCUUAUUUCAUUACUUUCAUAUAAUCCAAUAUACUUCUUACUGUUAAGCCAAGUUCCUACAGGACUUGGCAGAUUUUAUGUCUUAUGUUUUUUUUUCGGUGGAUAAAUUUCUCAUUUAUUUUCUUUUAGAUUUAUUUUGAAGUGGAUUUGUCCGUUUUCUUAUAUUUUUCAGAGGUUUGCGCUAUGGUGCCUUUUUGAUUUCUUUUGUUUCUCUCAUUCUUCCCUUUUUAUCUAUUAUUUAAGUGGUAUCAACAGAUAUCUCAGGUUCAUGAUCUGGUGUACUUAUUAGUUGACAAUUUUGAUAUUUUGUUGUUUUACUAUCUUUUUACAUUUUCUUUUUGUGGCAGUCCUUUUUUUUUCUUUUGUUUAAAUUUGUCCCAUGGAGCUAAUUAGGCCUCUCUUUUCUUGAUAUUGUUAUAAUCCAUUUCUUCUUUUGGCUUUUUGUGGGCUGUAUCCUCUUUUUCCCUCUUUGAGCGGAGGGUCUUUUGGAAACAUCCUCUCCAUCUUCUUCCGAUAGGGGUAAGGUCUGCGUACAUUCUACCUUCCCCAGACCCACUAGUAAAAUUACACUGGGUUGUUGUUGUAUCCUCUUUUCCCCUCUUUGCAUGCAAAAUCAUGCCGUUUUGAGUUUGUAAAUACUUGUACGCUUCCGACUGUAUGUUUUCUUUUCAGUCUUUUUCCUUAAGCAUCAUUUGACUGUUUAACCAGGAUGAUUCAGGGUUCAUGGAUGUUUAUUGUUAAGUAAUAGAAGAUUUUGAUAUAUUUUCCAUUUUACCUAUUCGUAUCCUUUUUCUAAAACUCGGGUUUUGUUUUUUCCUUUGUUUUCAUGUGUUCACAUAAAAGCUAAUUAGGCCUUUUUUAGUAUAGGUAUUAAUUCAUUUUCUUCUUUUGCCUUUUUUGUUGAUAAAUGACUUUUAAAAGUGAAUGAAGGCCAUAUAUUCUGUUACCUCUCCUUUGCAUGAAAAUUCAUGCUUCUUUCUUUUAUCAAAUUCUUAUAUUUUGAAGUUAUGAGCUGGAUGUCAUUUUUGUUCUUCCUCACUUUCAAGUAAUUUUGAUAUUGGAGUAUAUAUUAUUAAUCUGUAACAAUUUUUUUAGGUUAGAUUAGUAUACAUUUUCCUUACCAUUAUUAUUAUUAUUAUUAUUAUUAUUAUUUUUACUUUGUUGCUUGACAAUCCUUGCCGGUUAAGUAUACUUGAACAGUAUGAGCUGAGCUGAGAAAUGAAGUGCUAAAGUUUCUUUUCUUUAUCAGUUUCCAGACCAAGCAAAACUAAGAAAAUAUUGCAUUAGUUUCUUUCUUUCCUCUCUUUUUGUUCCUUUCUGAGCAGUUAUCAGCUCAUAUCAUCUGUAUAACCAUUUUCUAUUAUCUUCAUUAUUUCCCUUUCACUCUUUAUCCUUACUUGAAGGGCAACCUUGGAGUAAUAGUAAAGUUGUUUUCGUAUGACCUAUAGGUCACGGGGCGAACUGUGGAAGCAACCACUAAUGCUUGUAUUAGGUUAGAAUGUCUACAUUACACCCCUUGGGGUACGGCCCUUCCCCGGUUCCAGCUUUGUGCACCUGCCUCCCCUUUACUCGUUAUCCUUUCUUGAAGGGGAGUCUUGGAGCAACGCUAAAGUUGUCUCCGUGUGACCUAUAGGUCACGGGUUCAAGCCGUGGAAGCAUCCACUAAUGCUUAUAUUAGAUUAGAUUGUCUAUAUCACACCCUUUGGGGACGGCUCUUCCCCGAACCCUGCGUGAAUGUGAGAUGCCUUGUGCACUGGGAUGCUCUUUUACUCUUUAUCCUUUAUGUCGUCGUGGAACUUGGCAUAUUGAUGUUUCAGCGAAGAUCCGUAAAUGAGAUUACAAGUUUAAGUUCUGUUGGCAGCAAUUCAUGAUCUAUGUUGCUCGGACCCUCCGAAAAUGUGGCCGCGUGUGCGUCGGAUCCUCCGUAGUGGAUUUUUGGAGGAUCCGACAUGGGUGGGGCAGCAUUUUGGAGAGUCCACGCAACAUAAUUCAUGACAGUAUUGUAGACAGUUCUGAUCCUGGAAUGACAGAAUUGGCCCUUUACUUGUUCUUAUAUUUAUAUCCUAAGUAUCGGCACAACAUCUUUCUGUGGAUUGAUCUUUCUUCCUAUUGUCCUAUAUAAUGUGUUCUCACUUGUUAGUAUACUUUCUUCCUAUUGUCCUAUAUAAUGUGUUGUCACUUGUUAGUAUACUAGGUUGGUUUUUGUUAUGUGGAAGUUACUGUAUAGAUUUUGGCCAGAAACGCUUUUGUAUAUUUUGUUUAUUCUAGCUAUGAACUUCAGUGUUAAGUUAUUGUGCUUUGAUUU